UCCCAUCUCCCUCCCAACUCCUCUUCUUCUUCGUCUUCUUCGUCCUCUUCUUAGAAAAGCGCGUUCUCUCCUUUUCCUCCCCUCUCCCCCUCACGCAUCACCAUCCCCCUCAGUCAAAACCCUCCCCCACCCACUCCCUUUCUCGACAUGCGCCCCGAUCCCGUCUCCGAUGCCUCUCCGUAGCGCUCUCAUGGACGGAGCGGGCCCUUCUCACGACCUCGCCGCCGGAGCUCCCGUGGCGCCGGCGCCGGCGCCGGCGCCGCCGGCGAUGAUGGCGACGCUGGCGAACGCGGUGCAGGCGCUCGGGCGCGGGUUCGACGUCACGGCCGACACGCGCCUCCUCUACUGCAAGGGCGCGCCCGCGUCGCGCGGUCGGGGGGACGCCGGCCUCGAGCAUGGCGCGGAGGACGGGGACGUCGCCCUCGCCGAGGGCGCGGGCGGCGGCGGCGGCGGCGGCGCCGUGCUCACCGACGUGCCCGUCGAGGUCGACGUCGACGUGUUUAGGGAGAGUAGGGUGAGGAGUCGCCCGGAGCCAACCCCCUUCGUUUGUAGCUUCCCAAAGAUGGUUGAAUAUUUCAACAAGAAGUCGGGUUUAUCUGGAUCAGUACCACUUGGUAGCUUUAAUUCCAUGUUCUCUUUCACUGGCUCGUCGAAAAAUGAUGCUGCAGUAACGAAGGCCCUUGCAUUGGAUGGUUAUUUUGUUCCUCUUUUUAAAGUUAAGCUUACGAGUUCUGAAUUAGUUUUGCGUGAAGAUGUAAAACGUGCCAUUCCAUACAGUUGGGAUCCAUCAUCCUUGGCUAGCUUUAUUGAAAACUAUGGUACCCACAUUAUUACUUCUGUAACUAUUGGCGGUAAAGAUGAAGUAUAUAUUAAACAACACCAUUCAUCACAAUUGUCAUCAUCAGAAUUUGAAAAAUAUGUGACGGACAUUGGAGAUGAAAGAUUUCUGAACCUGGAAAACCAGUCUAACACUGCUCCCAUCAAUUACAAGGAGAAGGACAUUACAGUAAUCUUUAGGAGGAGAGGUGGUUGUGAUCUCGUUCAGAAUCAUGUAGAGUGGACAAGAACUGUCCCUUCAGCGCCAGAUGUUAUAAACAUGACCUUUCUCCCCAUUGUUUCUCUUGUGGAGGGGCUGCCUGGAAAACAUUAUCUUGCCCGUGCAAUCGAUUUAUACUUGGAGUACAAGCCUCCGAUCGAGGAGUUGCAAUACUUUUUAGAGUUUCAAGUGCAGCGAGUUUGGGCUCCAGAACCGACAACUAUUCCUGGUCACCAUAGAAAGGAACCUGUAUGCCCAUUUCUUCAGUUUAGCUUAAUGGGCCCCAAGCUUUAUGUCAGCUCAGAGCAGAUUUGUGUUGGGCGGAAACCAGUCACUGGCCUCAAAUUAUCCUUAGAAGGGAGCAAGCAAAACCGGUUAACCAUCCAUUUACAGCAUCUUAGUUCAUUGCCUAAAAUCCUCGUACCCCACUGGGACUCUCAUGUUGCAAUUGGCCCGCCAAAAUGGCAAGGCCCCGAAGAACAGGACAGCCGCUGGUUCGAGUCAAUUAAAUGGAAGAAUUUCGCACACGUCAGUACCGCACCAAUAGAGAACACCGAAACAAGUAUCGGGGACCUUUCUGGUGUUUACGUAGUAACAGGAGCUCAGUUGGGAGUAUGGGAUUUCGGUGCGAAGAGUGUUCUCCACCUUAAACUAUUGUUCUCGAAGGUUCCUGGUUGUACAAUACGGAGAUCAGUAUGGGAUCAUAGUCCAUCUAGUCAUUCAACUCAGAAAGUGGACGAGGUUUCGUCCUCUUCUUCGAGUGAAGGCUCCAAGCUUGCGAAGAUCGUCGACAUGAGCGAGAUGUCGAAGGGCCCGUCAGAUUCGCCGGGGCAUUGGCUGGUCACAGGGGCAAAGUUGGGUGUCGAGAAGGGGAGGAUAGUUGUUCGUGUAAAGUAUUCGUUGUUGAACUACUGAUUUACAGUAUAGUUUUGUUAUCUGUUGUAUGAAGCAUUCUUUUCGACAGGUAGGAGUUCUUGUUUUGUUCUUCCUGUACAUUCCUUAAAAUCACGUCAUUUAAUUGACGUUCUUCUUGGUUCACUUAAAAUUUGUACUUGCUGUUACUAAAAGUCAUGUUGCUAUACUCUUUCUAUGUAUUGAAUAGUGUGUAAAUUUUUUCUUGAA